UCGCCGCAACUACCCCGACUCCCUCAAAAUGGUGGUCCUCUCCGCCGCAAUCACCACCCGCUCAGGGAAGCCCAUCCUCGCUCGCCAGUUCCGCCAGAUGCAACGAUCCCGCGUGGAAGCUCUUCUGGCAUCCUUUCCCAAGCUUGCCGACACCGCCAGCCAACACACUACGGUUGAGCAGGACAAUGUUCGCUUCGUGUACCAACCGCUGGACGAGCUGUACAUGGUGCUCAUCACGAACCGCCAGAGCAACAUUCUCCAAGACAUCUCGACUUUACACCUUUUCGCGCAAGUUGUCGGAAGUAUCUGUAAGACUCUUGACGAGCGGGAGAUCGUACGAUGCGCAUACGAGCUGCUCUCCGCUUUCGACGAAGUGGUCACACUGGGCUACCGGGAGAACUUGACCCUGGCGCAGAUCAAGACCUUCCUGGACAUGGAGUCUCAUGAGGAGCGAAUCCAGGAGAUCAUUGCACGAAAUAAGGAAUUGGAAGCAUCGGAGGAGCGAAAGCGGAGAGCGAAGCAACUGGAGAUGCAGCGCAAAGACAAUGCACGGGCUGCGAGAGCGGGCGGUGGGGGAGUGCCACGCGCACCAUCAUAUCCGACGUAUACGCCUCCUCCUGCCGUACCUACGAUGCCAGACACCUACGACAGCUAUACGGCGGCCAAGAAUCAAACGUUCAACAAAGCCAUGCCGAACAGAGGUAAGGGCAUGCAGCUUGGCAAGAAGAAGACGACUACUACUAUGUACGAGCAAGUACGCGGCGAUCUCGGACCAGAGGCUGCUGAAGCGAAUGCGCCACUCGCAGGAGUGCCAACGGCACCGCCUGCACAGACCAUCCAACCCUCCGUCCCGUCGCAAGGCGCUCACCACAUCGCCACAGACGAUGUGCAUAUCACUGUGGCCGAGGCCAUCUCUGCGCGUCUUAGCCGCGAAGGUGCUCUCGAAUCAUUCGAAGUCAAGGGUGAUCUCCAGCUCCGCAUAUCCAACCCUUCGCUCACCCAGCUCAAGCUUGAGCUGGCGUAUGGCGACACAAGAGGGGCGCAAUUCACCGCGCAUCCCAAGGUCGACAAGACCAUGUUCAAGAACAGCAACACCAUCCAACUACAAGACACCUCGAAAGGCUUCCCAGCCAACAACAGCAUCCAGAUCAUGCGCUGGCGCUUGACUUCCAAGUCUGACGAACUAUCAGACUUCCCAAUCAAAUUCACCGUUUGGACGUCCGAAAUCAGUACGAACACCUACAGUCUCACCGUUGAAUACGAGCUCACAGGCUCCGACACGCUCAAGGACGUCGUGGUGGUGAUACCCUACAGCACGUCCGAACCCGCCGUCUCCUCCUUCGACAGUUUAUACGAAGUCAGCGGCGACAGCAUUGACUGGACUAUUGGCGACGUGGAUGAGUCGAACUCAUCAGGCAGCUUUGAGUUCGAGGCGCAGGCGCAGAGUGAAGCGGAGUUCUUCCCCAUGAAAGUUCGGUUCGCGAAGACGCAACCUUGGGUUGACGUGGACGUCAGUAAAGUCACGCUGUUGGCAGAGGGACAGGAUGUCGGGUUUGGGAAGGACAUAAGGAGUGUGGCGGAUACCUCCGAGCAGGGCGGGUACCUGGUCGUUUGAGAUGGCCGACUUCACUUGCUAGAUUGGGGUUAUUUCAGAAGCUACGCGUCACGCGAGAUGGAUGUGUACUCACUGGCACGUGAGCUUGCGCAUCAUGGCCUAGAGCAGAGCAUACAAAUAACGCAGCUUACAUCUUGCAACUGUU